UCCGCUUCCGCUCCCUCUCUUCAGCAGCCCCGUUACCGCCUCCUGGCCGGCCUCGCGCCUUUCACCGGCACCUUGCGUCGCCGCGCCGCCUGGCUCGCUAUUGCCACGCGCGCCCCCGGGGCUCCCGGCUACGGCGCCGGCACGGGUCGCGCUCCGCUCGCCUGCCCCUGAGGCCGCCGGCUAGCCGCCGCCAUGGGUGCCUACCUUUCCCAGCCCAACACGGUGAAAUGCUCCGGGGACGGGGUCGGCGCACCACGUCUGCCGCUACCCUACGGCUUCUCCGCCAUGCAAGGCUGGCGUGUCUCUAUGGAGGAUGCUCACAAUUGUAUUCCUGAGCUGGACAGUGAGACAGCCAUGUUUUCUGUCUACGAUGGACAUGGAGGAGAGGAAGUUGCCUUGUAUUGUGCCAAAUAUCUUCCUGAUAUCAUCAAAGAUCAGAAGGCCUACAAAGAAGGCAAGCUACAGAAGGCUUUGGAAGAUGCCUUCUUGGCUAUUGAUGCCAAACUGACCACUGAGGAAGUCAUUAAGGAGCUGGCACAGAUGGCAGGGCGACCCACUGAGGAUGAAGAUGAAAAAGAAAAAGUAGCUGAUGAAGAUGAUGUGGACAAUGAGGAGGCUGCACUGCUGCAUGAAGAGGCUACCAUGACUAUUGAAGAGCUGCUGACACGCUACGGGCAGAACUGUCACAAGGGUGCUCCCCACAGCAAAUCUGGAGCUGGGACAGGCGAGGAACCAGGGUCCCAGGGCCUCAAUGGGGAGGCAGGAUCUGAGGACCCAUCUAGGGAAUCUUCUUCAGAGGAAAAUGGCCCCACGGCCAAGGCCCACACAGGCCUUUCCUCCAACUCGGAACGUCCAGAGGCAGGCCACGGCGGUGAGCCUGGCACUCCCGCUGGUGAGGCUGGGCCUUCCUGUUCGUCCGCCUCCGACAAGCUGCCUCGAGUUUCUAAGUCCAAGUUCUUUGAGGACAGUGAGGAUGAGUCAGAUGAGGUGGAGGAGGAAGAGGAAGACAGCGAGGAAUGCAGUGAGGAAGAGGAUGGCUACAGCAGCGAAGAAGCAGAGGAAGAUGAGGAUGACACCGAGGAGGCUGAAGAGGAUGAGGAAGAGGAGGAGGAGAUGAUGGUCCCUGGGAUGGAAGGCAAAGAGGAGCCUGGCUCUGACAGUGGUACAACAGCAGUGGUGGCUCUGAUACGAGGGAAGCAGUUGAUUGUAGCCAAUGCAGGAGACUCUCGCUGUGUGGUGUCCGAGGCUGGCAAAGCUUUAGACAUGUCCUAUGACCACAAGCCGGAGGAUGAAGUGGAGCUAGCACGCAUCAAGAAUGCCGGUGGCAAGGUCACCAUGGAUGGGCGAGUCAACGGGGGUCUCAACCUCUCCAGAGCCAUCGGAGACCACUUCUACAAGAGGAACAAGAACUUGCCCCCUGAGGAACAGAUGAUUUCAGCCCUUCCUGACAUCAAGGUGCUGACUCUCACUGAUGACCACGAAUUUAUGGUCAUUGCCUGUGAUGGCAUCUGGAAUGUGAUGAGCAGCCAGGAAGUUGUAGACUUUAUUCAGUCAAAGAUUAGCCAGCGUGAUGAAAAUGGAAAGCUUCGGUUAUUGUCAUCCAUUGUGGAAGAGCUGCUGGAUCAGUGCCUGGCACCAGACACUUCUGGGGACGGUACAGGGUGUGACAACAUGACCUGCAUCAUCAUUUGCUUCAAGCCCCGAAACACAGCAGAGCUUCCGCCAGAGAGUGGCAAGCGGAAACUGGAGGAGGUGCUUUCUACUGAGGGGGCUGAAGAAAAUGGCGACAGUGACAAGAAGAAGAAGGCCAGGCGGGACUAGCGGUUUUGGUUGUCCAGACCCCUGUCCCCCUAGACUGUUUUUUGAGCCCUCUGGACCUGAGACUGAGUUUUGUCUUUUUCCUUUAGCCUUAGCAGUGGUUGUGAGCUGUGCAGGGGGAACUGGGUGGCCUCGCUCAGCCCAUUCCAAAGAGGGCUCUCCCUCCACACGGCAGCCCGGGAGCCUCCACUGUUCUCCCCAGCCUCCUCCUUGCUCCUUGGGGCUCCUCACCGGUUCUGUGCCUGUGCUCUGUUGUGUUGGAGGGAAGGACUGGAGGUUCUGGUUUUUACUCUUGUGAACUUUAUUUAAGGACAUUCUUUUUUAUUGGCGGCUCCAUGGCCCCGGCCGCUUGCACCCGCUCUCUGUUGUACACUUUCAAUCAACACUUUUUCAGACUAAAGGCCAAAACCUAAU